UCGUGCCUGCUAGUUCACUUCCGUUGGCAGUCAAAGAUGGCGGCGGUCUCUUUACGAAACUCCGGGUCUUUGCUGUCAUUAUUCAGCAAAAGUUUCUUCCGACCGGAGCUCAACGCUCUUUGCUCCUAUCACAAAAAGGUGGUGGAUCAUUACGAAAACCCGAGAAACGUGGGCUCACUGGACAAGAACAAGAAGAGCGUGGGGACAGGGUUGGUGGGUGCACCAGCCUGCGGGGAUGUUAUGAAACUUCAGAUCCAAGUAGAUGAAAACGGCAAGAUCGUGGAUGCAAAGUUCAAAACAUUUGGCUGCGGAUCAGCCAUCGCCUCCAGCUCUCUUGCGACCGAGUGGGUGAAGGGGAAGUCGGUUGAUGAAGCUCUCAAGAUCAAGAACACAGACAUUGCCAAAGAACUCUGCCUUCCUCCAGUCAAACUUCAUUGCUCUAUGCUUGCAGAAGACGCCAUUAAAGCGGCGCUGUCGGACUACAGACUAAAACAAGAGGAGAAAAAAUAGGACUGUGCCAAAGCCAGCAGUUGAUAAGCUACGACGUACCGACCAUACUGAAAUAUUUCAUCAAUAUCAGGAUGACAAACAUCUCUCGGCAGAGCUGUCAGCGUCAGUGACUGAGUCGUUUCUUCAGGGAGCAUUAAAUAAAGUUUAGCUGCCUUUUUCUGAAUACAUUUGUUUAUUCAUUUGGAUUCAAAUGAUCAGAAGUGCUGAUGAUUUGAAAAGCUUUGAGUCUCAAGUUGAAUAUUUGACAUCUACGGUCUUUAUUGUGCAGCCCGGACUGUUCUCCUGCUCUUGCACACGACAAUAAAAAAAAAAUAAGAUCUUUAAUAAACCAAGAGCAAAAU